AAUCAAACCGAGCGGUUUUGAGGUUUGCUGUUGCCAAAAAAAAAAGAGUACACAAAAGUCCAUGGAAGGCACGUCGCAAAUUGGUCGUUCAGCCCAUCUACCCAUGGGCUGAGAACCGGCCCUCCCCCUCCAGGGCAUCUCAGGAUUCCGGCCCAAGUCCGACGUUCCGAGCUCUCCAGAAUUCUCUUCCCGUUUCCCCCUUCCACCAGAAGCACAAAGCACAAGGAAGCGAUCCACACACUACACCGAGCCAUCAAACCAACACUUCAUCAGAUCGAACCGAGCCAGAUCGACCGGAGCCGAGAACCGAGGCAACGAGGGAUCGCGCGAGAAAAAUUCAGAGGAAAUCGGCAGCGAUCGAGAGGCCCGGCGAUGUUCUUCUUCUUCGUAGGCGGCGUGGAGCAGGGCGCGGGGCGGGUGCUCAAGGAGGCGGCCGGGCGGUGCGUGCGCUGCGGCGGCGCGGCCGACCUGGUGGAGACCGAGAAGGUGCUCAAGCUCUUCUUCGUCCCCGCGUGGCGGUGGCCGGGCAAGGACCCCGCCUACCUCUGCCGCGACUGCGGCCUCCUCGCGCCGGGGUCCCACGGCGCCGGCGGCGGGGAGCUCCUCCCCCGCGCGGGGGCGGGGCAGUGCGGCGCGUGCAGCCGCGCCGUCGACCCGCAGUUCCGCUUCUGCCCCUUCUGCGGCUCCGCGCUGUGAAGCGCGCCAUGGAUGGAUGCGCGUUGCAGGCCACGGCCCAGAGAGGAACAGAGGUGAUGAUCCUCUCUCUCUCUCUGAACUCUCAAGACAGUAGUAGUACUAGGGUUGUGCAGCAGAGUUGUCAGUUAGCUUCUGGUUCUGCGAAAGUUGUGCUAACCUGUGUGGAUGUAAAUUUGGUGAAAUGUUUGUAAUAAACGAGACCGAUAAAAUUCGUCGCAUCA